AUGUUUCGACGAAAUGACUAUGAAGAACGAUUUCCGGCGAAACACCACACCAAAGCACACCGCGCAGUACUUCAAUCCGAGAAGGUAUCCAGCACCAUCGACUACGAUGGCUACGAUGUGCUACGCAUGCCGAAACACCGUCUACCGAGACGGGUGUUGUUCUCCGUGCCUCCUUCGGGAUGGCGCAAACCGCGAGGUGGACAGCACAUGACUUGGCAGAAAGGCGUCAAAGAGAUCACGAAGAGUUUGGGUGUUGUUGGUGUUGUACGACUUCCAGGAUGGGGUCCCCGUGACCCCGUCUGUGUCUGGCUGGAGACGUUGCAAGAAAUGGCUGCCAAUCAACGGCCGCCUAAAAUGUGCAAAAAUCGUCUGGCAACUAAGAGGCUGACAGAUAUAGGAGUUAGACGAAUGUACCAAGAUCGUCUUCUAGAGUCUCCUAAGAAUGCUCCAUCAUCAGAGCUGAAUUGA